CUCCAGUUGGACCAACGCUCGGCGCAAUGCCCGAUGGCUCUGCCAUGACCAAGGAUACGUUCAAUACGUUAGAGCGAGAGCGCAAGUUUAGAUUCCCCGACAAGACCGGAUCCACGGUCCCAAUACUCAACGAAUUUGUGCUCCCUCACAUCGAGUCUUUCAAUGCUCUCUUCGACGAUUCUGGCUUGCCAAAAGGCGAUGGCAAUGGCAAAGGCCUGCUGUCGCUCGCCCUGAAGGAUAUCGGAGAACGCGUGGUAUUUGAUGGAACAGGCGAACUUGGCAACGUGAGUGGUCAGUCGGGUUGGGGCAAUCGCCUUGCAAUUUCCAUCGAGGAAGUAACUGUGGCGCGUCCCAUGGUCUCUGAACGAGCUAAGGCUGUCGUGGAACCCCGUAUAUUCCCUUCCGAGGCUCGUGAGAGGCUGACAUCCUAUCGUGGAAGGAUGUACAUCAAGCUCAACUUUACGCUCAAUGACAAUCCGGUCCGCACAAUCCAGAAAGACUGUGGUUUACUCCCCAUCAUGGUCCGCUCGGUCCGAUGUAAUCUUCGUUCCAUGUCCUCUGCAGAGCUCGUCGCACGGCACGAGGAACCGGAAGAAUUCGGGGGGUAUUUCAUCAUCAACGGCAAUGAACGCCUUAUCCGUCUUCUCAUUUUACCUCGGAGGAACCAUGCUAUUUCCCUGUUUCGCCCUUCUUGGGCCAACCGCGGCCCGUCUUAUACGCCGUACGCCGUCCAAAUACGGUGCGUCCGCCCGGACCAAACCGCCGCCACGAACACGCUGCACUACCUGCAAAAUGGCAACGCCGUCCUACGCUUCACUUGGCGGAAGAAUGAAUACGUUAUCCCCGUGAUGCUUAUCCUCAAAGCUCUCGUUGGUGCCUCGGACAAGGAGAUAUUCGAGGGGCUUGCCAUGUGUGAUUACGAGAACACGUUUUUGACAGACCGCAUCGAGAUGUUGCUUCGCGGUUUUAAAACAUAUAGUCUGUACACAGGCACUCAAUGCCUCGAGUACCUCGGCGACAAGUUCCGUGUCGUGCUCGGUUGCCCCGAGGAUUGGACGAAUUCCGAGAUCGGUGACUGGUUGCUGAAGAAGAUGGUUCUCGCUCACCUGCAAGAUCCGAGGGACAAGUACCGUAUGCUCAUUUUCAUGCUCCGCAAACUUUACUCCCUUGUAUCUGGAUCGUGCGCGCCGGAUAAUCCAGAUUCUCCCCAGCACCAGGAGGUCUUGCUUCCAGGGCAUCUCUAUGGAAUGAUCAUCAAAGAGCGCCUGGAGGAGGUCCUCGCUCAAAUUCGGAGUCAGAUCUACGCCGACGUGCGCAGAGAAGACCCUUCCAUCGACUUUACUGAUGAUCGCUACAUCAAUAAAGUUCUAUCCCGCGUCAACUUCGACAUAGGCGCGAAAAUGUCCAAUUUCCUCGCUACUGGUAACCUGAUUUCCCCGACCGGACUUGAUCUCCAGCAAACAUCCGGCUUUACCAUUGUCGCCGAGAAACUGAACUGGCAGCGCUACAUCAGCCAUUUCAGAUCCAUACAUCGUGGGGCUUUCUUCGCUGAAUUGAAAACGACGACGGUCCGUAAGCUGCUUCCGGAAGCUUGGGGUUUCUUGUGCCCUGUGCAUACGCCCGAUGGAACGCCUUGUGGUCUACUAAACCAUUUAUCUCGAACAUGUCGGAUCGUGACUACUCCGCUACCCGUCGCUCACCUUCCCGCCCUGCUCGCGGAACACGGCAUGUCUCAUCCAUUCGCGCCUUCACUUGAUGGUCGGGGACAUGCCAACCUUUGCGUUCAACUCGACGGCCGGGUCAUCGGCUGGGCCCGACCUGCCGUGGCGCUCCAGCUCGCUGAAAGGCUUCGGAUAUGGAAGACAGAAGGCCUUCACAAUGUGCCCCUGGAUCUCGAAGUCGGAUACGUUCCGAUAUCGGAAGGUGGACAAUACCCUGGGCUGUACCUGUUUUCGACGCGGGCUAGGAUGAUGCGACCGGUUAGGUACCUUGCGAACGGUCGUGAUGACAUGAUUGGUUCGUUUGAGCAGGUUUAUAUGGACAUCGCGAUCAAGCCCGAGGAAAUCGAGCUAGGGGUUUCUUCACACGUGGAACAUGCUCCAACGAAUUUCUUGUCUAUCCUUGCCAAUUUGACUCCGUUCUCGGAUUUCAACCAGAGUCCUCGCAAUAUCUAUCAAUGUCAGAUGGGCAAGCAAACCAUGGGUACGCCCUCGACCGCCAUCAGACAUCGCACGGAUAACAAGCUAUAUCGUCUUCAAUCUGGGCAGAGUCCCGUCGUACGCCCUAAACUCCACAAUACGUACGGCAUGGAUUCCUUCCCCAACGGCACCAAUGCCGUUGUCGCCGUUAUUUCCUAUACUGGUUAUGACAUGGAGGACGCCAUGAUAUUGAAUAAGUCCGCGCACGAACGCGGCUUUGCCUACGGCACCAUAUACAAAUCGCAAACUGUCGAUUUACAAGAACAGCAUGGAGCUUCGAAGUCUAGGACCUCACCCACUCUGCAUUUCGGCAUAGGGGACGACGUCAUCGUCGAGGCCGGAACCAAGCAGCACCAUUGUGUCGAAUUUCUCGACAUGGAUGGCCUCCCUAGAAUUGGCACGCGACUGUCCACCGGUGACCCUAUAGCGGCGUAUAUCGACGAUACUACGCACAGGACGCGCUUUGUGAAGUACAAGGGUGAUGAGGUGGCGUACGUCGACGAAGUCCGUUUAUUAGGUGACGAUGCCGGUGAUUCAGAAUUGCAGAAGAUUCAUAUCACUUUACGCAUCGCACGAGCACCUGUUAUCGGUGACAAGUUCUCGUCCAGGCACGGGCAGAAAGGUGUUUGUUCGCAGAAGUGGCCAGCGAUCGAUAUGCCUUUCAGCGAGAGCGGGAUGCAACCAGAUGUUAUAAUCAAUCCACAUGCGUUCCCCAGUCGCAUGACAAUUGGCAUGUUAGUGGAAAGCAUGGCUGGAAAGGCCGGUGCUAUGCACGGACUUGCACAGGACGCUACACCUUUCCAGUUCUCCGAAGAAGAUACCGCUGUGGAUUAUUUCGGCAAGCAACUUCUCGCAGCUGGAUACAACUACUACGGCAACGAACCUAUGUAUUCGGGGAUCACCGGACAAGAGUUCGCUGCGGACAUCUACUUGGGAGUUGUCUACUAUCAACGCCUACGACACAUGGUGAACGACAAGUUCCAGGUGCGGACGACGGGACCUGUGGAUCCUGUGACGCGCCAACCGGUGAAGGGCCGCAAGAGAGCCGGAGGUAUUCGGUUUGGGGAGAUGGAACGUGACGCCUUGAUUGCACAUGGAACGUCCUUCCUCCUACAAGAUCGACUGAUGAACUGUUCGGACUACUCAACCGCAUGGGUUUGCCGUACUUGUGGUUCUCUCAUCUCGCUAGGCUAUGAAGACGUCUCGUUAGGGGAGGUGAUGAUGGGUUCGUCUGCUACCAUCCGGCCGCGGGGACCCGGGGGCGAGUAUUGCCGCGUCUGUAGGGCCGCGGCGGAAGAGGAGGAUGAACGGGCACGCAAAGCGCUGGCAGACGGUGCCAAUGGCCGUCAGCACGCCCGAACAGACUUGCGAGUCUCGAUUUCCUCCCAUCAUGUGUUGAACAAAGCUGCCAAGGGUGGUGAUCUGGACGUUGUCGCUGUGCCGUACGUCUUCAGAUAUCUGUGCGCGGAGCUGGCUUCCAUGGGCAUAGCCAUUUCCUUGGAGGUUCGAUAAUACUCGGUGUCCUCUGUCGCACAUGCUUGUACGUCAAAAGUAUCACAGUCACCAAUGUAAUCAUUCGCAACAUGA